AUGCGCGUGCUGUCGGCGCGCGACGAGGACAUCCUGAGCACGGUGCUCAACUGGGUGUUCGUGGCUGUCAUAAAUUUCACGACGGGGCUGCUGGGAGCGCUCUUCUACUUCCUCUUCUCGCUCGUGAACAUGGUGUACUCGUACCAGCCGGACCCGCUCAGUGCCACGGCGUUCGUGGUGCUGGGCUUCAUCGGCCCCGCAAGCGUUGUCGCCUCUGGAGUCUACGUAGUGGGCAAGGUUGUGGUGCGUGACGCACUGGAGCAGGAGCGACGCCAGCAGCAACUGCGUGGUGAACGACAGGAAUGGUAG